AUGUCAAGAAGUGAGAGCGAGUGGAGAGCAAUUCUAACGCCUGAGCAAUAUAAAGUUUUAAGACAAAGGGGAACAGAGGCACCGUUUUUAGGGAAAUACACCUAUACAGCAGCUUCAGACCGUGGUGUUUACAGAUGUGCCGCUUGCCUGCAACCGCUCUAUAUGGCAAACACGAAAUUCCAAUCGGAUUGUGGCUGGCCAGCAUUCUACCAAGCAUUACCUGGCGCAUUAAUUGUCAUAACUGAUUUGCGUUAUACGAGCCAUGGAAGGUUAAUGGAAGAAAUAGCUUGCUCUAGCUGUGAUUCUCAUUUAGGUCACAUUUUCAAAGGAGAAGGCUUUAGAACACCUACAAAUGAAAGACAUUGUGUCAAUAGUAUUUGCUUAAGGUUGGAUAAUCAAUAA